UUAACGUCUUCAUUAAUGCACACGCUUGCCAACGUCUCCCCCUUACUUCUUAAUUACUUAAAUUUCCUUCAGCUAUUCCUAGUCUUGCUGGUCGUGACCUCGGUGCUAAGUAAACCACAGAAUGACGAGCAGCCAGACGUGCAGGAUGAACCACAAGAGAAUGUAGACGCACUCUUAUUAGCUAAUGGCCCACAAGAUGACUUGGCAGCAUUAAUACUUCCUCGCCCACCAGUCGAUUCUGAAAACUUCCAUGAACCAUGCAACUACUACUGCCGUAAACCUGUGGGUCCUCACAGAGGAGAUUUCUAUUGUUGUGGACCAGAAUCCCUACCAAUAAUAAGGGAACGAAGGCACCCUGGUAGAUGUCCUCCUGCCUUGACAACGUGCACUUCUCGCAGAGCAUUUGCCGCUCCCCCAGUAUGUCCUCACGAUGGUCACUGCCCUCGUGCCCAGAAAUGCUGCUUCGAUACCUGCUUAGACUACCAUACCUGUAAACCAGCGCACUAACUAUUGACUAUAUAAAAUAAAUUCUGCCACCUA